AUGCGGUUCUUUGAAGACAUCUUUGUGCCCCGGACCAUGCUUUUUGAGGGCUGCAUAUUCGACGAGGGCGAGCAAACAUGGGUUUGGAAAACGGACGAAUCCGAACUCUGGUUUGAUCAAGGUACCGUUGUCAAUAUGCGUGUCGAGGCAGAAAAAUGGCACGAUCAAGCACCGAAAGGGCCGAGCGCGAAUGGAGAGGCCGACAAACAGACGGAGCGCCAAGUUCCCUAUGCGGUUGAGGCUUCGAUGGCCGAGGCCGGACUCGGAGGAGUAGAAUGGUGGUGA